AGUUAAAUACGUAAAUGAAUAAUUGACGUAUCAUGCAAUAUGAAACGCCUGAUCGAUGUGUGUAUAUACCUAUCUCUUAUUGUAUUACAGCAGCCCAUGUGUAUUAUAUACAUAUGAAUGACUCAGUGGUGGGGGGAAUUAGUGUCAGUCGGAGUUGAGAGUGAGUAGGGUGUCUGUCAGUGUUGAGUCUCGGAGACGGUUUUUUUUUCUUCUUUAUUAUUAUUUCAUUCAGAAAACAGAGACAAUGAAGGUGAUUACCAUGGGCUACAAAAAUGUUGAAAAGAGAAUAUUGAAAAAUUUGGAGGCUGGAGGAAUAUCACAUCGAGCAAAAGCAACUGGAGGAUUGUGGCUAGGGCCUUUGAUGGGUCUUAGUGCAAUGGCAACAAUACUCAGGGAAGACAACAGUUAUUCAGAAAUAUGUCUACUCGUUGGAUUGACUGGAGUUGGAUUAAUAAUAAGCACAGCCUGUCUCUUUGUACAAUUGAUUAUUGAUAAAUCACCGAGUAGAGAUUUUCAAAUAAUCUACUUUUUACCAGCGAGUAUUACGUCAAUGUUGUAUUUACUCGGGGCAAAUAAAGGGCUGCUGACAAGUGUUUUCUGGGGCCUGGGGACUGGCUCUUUGGGGACUUGGGGGGUUCUACAGUUGAUGUCGUAUUUCUCGAGGUGUUUUACACUGGGUGAAGCCGUCACUGUUACACAUGGGAUUAUUUUGUUUCUAUUAUCGGCUGGAUCUAAUCUACCACUCAGGUAUCAUUUACCUCCUCUGCAUGACGAUGAUAUUGCGACAACAAUUCUCCAGGUGGGGAUCAUCUUCAUUGGAGUCUGUUGUAUUCUCCCUGGACUAUUUCCGAAAAUUCGACAGAAAAAUUUAUUUUACAUGACAACGUUUGGAUUAUUGAUUCUCGGGCUUGUUCCAGUAUUGCAUAUAUUAUUGGACCGAAGUCCUCUCGUGUGGAUGAUUUCGUAUAUUUUUGGGAGUUUGAGUAGGGUUUUGAUUAUAGUUUAUUGGACAGUCUGUCUGAUUUUAGGGGCUGGUCUUCUAUCGUAUCAGAUACAAUCCGAUUCACAGGCGAGCACUGUCAGGAGAAAAGGCUUUCAUUUAUUAGCUGUACUUGUUUACAUUCCUGGAUUGCUGUGGGAGCCGACGUUACUUUAUUUGGCGAGCGGAGUCAUAAUGGGUGUAUUUAUGAUGAUGGAGCUUAUGAGACUAUUGAAAUUGCCACCAUUGGGUGAUAUACUCCAAUCAGGAUUCUCCGUAUUCGCAGAUAAAAAGGACCACUUGAUUUCAUUGACGCCCUUGUACUUGUUGAGUGGAUUAUCAUUUCCAUUGUGGAUGCCGACAAGCAAUCUCGAGAUUUUACCACUUCUGAGUGGUGUUUUAACUAUUGGAAUUGGUGAUUCAGCUGCGAGUAUUGUUGGCACAAAAUGGGGUAAAACGAAGUGGCCGGGUUCUAAUAAAUCGGUGGAGGGAACAGUCGCCUGUAUACUCAGUCAAUUGACGUUUGUUUGUGGAUUAGCUAUAUUGGGAUUCAUUCCUAAUUACUUCAUUCUCAUCAGAAGCACAUUAUCGAUAAUUGCAGUGUCGUUUAUUGAAGCUCGCACUGAUCAAGUUGACAAUCUCCCAUUACCAAUUAUUCUCUAUACUUGCCUUGUCAUUUAAUUUUCUUCGUAUAUUCGACAUGAAAAUUUAUGAAAAGUCUGAUAAACACAUUUAGACUUUAAACUCACUCGAUGGUUCAAUUGUGAUCAUUCAAUUAUUAUUAACACUAUAUCUAUUGAAUAAUGAAUCUGAAUUUUUCAUGUCCUUUUAUUGUCUCGAAUAGUGUUGAAUAAGAUAAUUCAAGUUCUUUUGGAAUUCCAGAGAAGCCCAAAAUGUUUAUACUAAUACUGCUACAUCUCAACGAAUUGUUCCUGUUGAAACAUUCAAUUUUUAUGUAUUAUUGUUAUUGCCAACUAAUCAUUGAUUCAAGUCAACCGACAGUCAGAACUCAAUGGUUAUUGAGAUGAUUGUUCCAUUCCCACUCGCUGUAUUUUUUAUGACUUGAUACUUUUGAUGUUAUUAUAUUGAUCCAGAAAGGUUGAAUAAAAAGUAUUUUUCUACGUGAA